AUGCAAGAGUGGCGAUCACCUUCAGAAAGAGGAAAGAACAAGGUCAUGUAGUUUAUUCCAGGGUCGUAUCUGUGGACCCGAAAGUCAUUUCUCUGUGUCCUGCCUGCUUACCCCUCUCUUCGUCCCUGAGAUAGUGGCCGGCAUGGCAGCCAUGGGGCCUGCCCUGGGAGGCGCCUACGUGGACCCGACACCCAUCGCCAAUCGUGUUAUCAGCGCGGAUGCAAUAGAAGGUAACAGCCCGGCUCGGGAUCCUUCCUGUCACAUUUUUCAGGACUCAUUUCACUUGCAGAUUCACACCCACUCUGGAGGUGUGGCCCCCCUUGCAUGCUGCUUCCAGGGGUCCAUUGGACGGGGAUUACUGCAGCCACGGGCACCUGCCAUGAGGAGAGAAAAGCCCUGACCGCCUACAGCCCGGCCGUGCUGGCGCUCCAUGAUGUGCUGAAGCAGCAGCUGAGCCUGACGCAGCAGUUCAUCCAGGCCAGCCGGCACCUGCACGCCUCCCUCCUGCGCUCCCUGGACACGGACUCCUUCCACUACCACACCCUGGAGGAAGCCAAAGAGUACAUUAGGUGCCACAGACCUGCCCCACUGACCAUGGAGGAUGCCCUGGAGGAGGUGAACAAGGAGCUGUGAGCACCAGCAGGUGGAGCUUGACGUGACAUCUAACAAAAGCAAAGCACCGCAGCUUCCCAGCGUUACCAGCGCAGCACUUAAGACAGGAUCUUACGGCGGGGUGGGGCUCCUGGAUCGUGACCGGCGUCUUCUUCCUGGGGAGUAUGACUUGGACCGGGACCGCGACUGGGACCGGGAGCGGCUUCUGGAGGAGCGCGACCUGCUCCGACUUCUGCAGGGAAGGGUGCCCAAGGGUCAGCAGCAGCCAGGCGUCGUGGGGAGGCCACAGGAAGAGGCCUCAGGCACUGCCCUCCUGAGGCAGCCUCUGCCUACCUAGAUCUGGAGCGGGAGUAGGAACGGGAGCAGGAGCGCGACCUUGACCUUGAGUACGAGCCUGAAGACUUGGAGGAUCUUGAGUUGGAGCGGGAGGAAGAACGCCCUCGACUCUUCGAUCUGCUCCGAGACCUCGAGGGUCCGCUGCGGGGAGAGGCCUGAUGAUCGGGUGCCCCAGUGGGUGGGCGCCCACCCUGGCCCUCAGGUUCCUGGAUGACCCCAGAUGCAGGGGCUCUGGCUGUGGAUGUGGCGCCAUAGCCACAGCAAUGGUAUCAAGUUCCUAAAUAGUGUGGCCAAGCCUGCUGCUGUGUGAAUUCAGGCCUUGUGGAAAACACCGCCCCAUAGGCACAGGCUGUGUGAGGGCGGACGUGAUGAGCGUUAUCUGGGGUCUGCUCCCACCCAUCACAAGCUGUGGGGCCUGGCCGCCCGGCCACUGCAGACGUCUGCGCUUUUACCUGUUCCUCUUCUCCUGGCCUUUCCUCCGCCGGGCCCGCAUUUUUGCUCGGAAGAACUCAUAGAGGCCGUUCUGCUCCCAGCCUUCACUGUAAGACACGGCAUUCCCUGUGUGACCACGUGACACCCACCCACAAGGAACUUGUGAAAAAGUCAUCAGGAGUUAAUCCACAGGACCUUGGAGAGUACAUGGCCCUGUGGCUGUGGACUCCGAGCAUGGGCGCAGUAGAGCUUGGUUCAGCAUUCCCACAGGGCUGUCCUCCUGUAGCCCAGUGGCUCUAGUGUCCACGCCCUUGCCACCCUGCUGUUCCACUGAGGUGGUGGGGACCCAUGGUCUGUGGAACUGGGGAACAGGAACACUGACUCAUGGGUGCACAGGCCUGCAGCCCAGCAUAGGAAGGAGGGGUGACCACUGGAAAGGGUAAGCUGAGGGCCCUGUGGCAGCCGGCUGCUUGAGACGUGCCGCCAUGCCACACCUUCCCUAAGUUCUUCUGAUGUGUCUCCAUUAAAAUGCUCUUCAUUGAGGGCCACGUGUGUGCUGUG